GCCAGGGGAUUGUGGUUCCGGUUCCGUCGCCGAGACACGUGAAGGUCGGCGAGUUGCUACGGAGUCCGUAUUGGCAAGCGUGGUUUAGCUGCGAUGGAUUCUUCUUCCUCGUCUUCCGCGGCGGGUUUGGGCACAGUGGACCCACAGUUGCAGCAUUUCAUUGAGGUGGAGACUCAGAAGCAGCGCUUCCAGCAGCUGGUGCACCAGAUGACUGAACUUUGUUGGGAAAAAUGCAUGGACAAGCCUGGGCCAAAGUUGGACAGUCGGGCUGAGGCCUGUUUUGUGAACUGCGUUGAGCGCUUCAUCGAUACAAGCCAGUUCAUCUUGAAUCGACUGGAACAGACCCAGAAAUCCAAGCCAGUCUUCUCAGAAAGCCUUUCUGACUGAUCACAGCGUUACCUCUUUGGAAAAGGAAGGUAGUUCAAGAAAUGAAGAGCUAUUGAUGGGAUGGUUGAAGAAAUGGCUUUGGGUGUAAUUGACUCCCACCUUUUGUCAUUUUGGGGACACUUUAUCAUCUGAAAAUGAACAAAGACCAAAUUUUCAUGUGGGGUUUUAGGUUUAUGUGUAUUUGGUUGGAUUUUUAAUGUCAAUCUUGUGAAAAUGAUUGAUGGAUGAAUGGGAAAUUAUUAGAUGUAUAUUACUGUAUGUGGGACUAGGCUUUCUCAAGGUCCCCUUAACUACAUCCUAUACUUUUGAUAGUGGAACUGCUUUCUGUAUUUUGAUAGUGGGACCACACAUGGGUAAAAUCUAUUUGUGUGAAUUCAUUUCAGAUUUUUGGGGAGAUCUUUGUGUCUGUCAAAAAGGACAACAGUGAGAAAAGAAUGAAUUGGCAGUAAAUGGGGUAUCUUAUCUAGUGAUGGACUGUCAGUAUUGAAAAAAAAUAUGGAGUAUUUGUACAGUGCAUUUGAGUAAUCUAGGUUAUCUCCCUCCCCUAUACCAUAAUUUACAUGAUUUAUUUUAUUAAAGUAUGGGUUCAAGGUAGACCACACAACCUGAGAAUCUGGAGGCCUUUUUAGUUAUAAAAGAAAUCUAGCAAGUAAACAUAAUUCUCAUUACUAUAUGGCCACAGGAAGAAAUCAACCUAUCCUAUAUAUCAAAGUACAAAAAAUUCAAAGAUGUGCCUAACGAAAUUAUAAAGAUUUAGGCCAGUCAAAAACUAACAGCAAUUUCAUGUAUAGGUGUAUGCCUGAUUCUAGUCAUUGUAAAUUUCAUUGGCUGCAUUCUUUUGAUCACUGAAAUAAAUUCUAGAAGAUUUAAAUUGGAUUGAGAGGCUGUCUAUAUAGUUUGAGCCGGCCUUAAACUCACUGUGUAGCUCAGGCUGGGCUUGAACUCACAGGGAUCCUCCUGCCUUAGCUUUCUGAGUGCUGGGAUUACAGAUGUGUACCAUCAAGCCUGGCUUCAUUCUGGUUUUUAUCUGCAAUUUACAGAGAUUUAAUAUAGACUCAUUCCAAGGUUAAGAUUUAGUUCAUCUCCGUUCUCAUGGUUCCUGGCCUGUUUGAAAGGGGAAUCUUGAGAUAAGAUAGGGGACAAAGAAACUCUGUUUGGAUGGUUAAGUCCCUGAGUACAGUAGAACAACUUGUAUUGGCUGUAUUCCCUUCCUCUUCAAAUCCUACUAGACUGGAGUGUAGAACUAACGUGCUUAAAUACUUGUUGGGGAGCCUCUAGUACAGAUCCAUGAGAAUCAUGCAAAUACACAUUUUUAGGAGCUUUAAGUCACUGUUUUACCUUUUACCCAUGUAGGUACUAUGAGAAAAUUUUUAUAAAUCAUGAUGAAAA